GUCAACUCACUGUGUGAAUGGAACAUGGCGGAGAUGGAAGGUAGUACAUCUCACGGAGAAGGAGCCUCGGCCGAUAUGGCGAUCGCAUCGCCCUCCAUUUCAGAAUCAAGUGAAGCAGCUAGUUCAGGAAAAUCGGAGGAUGAAUUAUUUGAAGUGGAAAGAAUUGUAGGGAUGUCCAAAAAUCGGGGUAAAACAUUGUACAAGGUGAGGUGGAAGAACUAUGGUCCAGCAGAUGACACCUGGGAGCCUGUUGAAAACCUCCAGUCAUGUCUAGACAUGGUGGAAGAUUACCAGGCCAAGAAGGAAGAAGAUAGAAAGAAGAGGGCAGAGGAAAGGAAGAAAAAAAUGGCUCAAAUGGAGGGGAGGAAACUCUCCACAGAGGAUGAGGAUUCCUCAAGGGACAGUACUGAUGCCAUCAAGCCAGUGUCCACAUUCAAAAACACAUUCUGGAAAGACCUUGAGGAAGGACGUGUCAACCUGUUUUACACAGACAUGUACUCCAAGGUCAAAGGGGGAGGUCGGGCUUCAAGGCCAACUUGUCUCAAGGACAGACAUCAGAAUAUUAAAUCUGAGGAAAGUAAACCCCAGAAAAAGAAGAAGAAGCUAGCUGUCAAAAAGGAGGUCAAAACAAAGGAAAGGGAUAAGAAGAAACAGGUCAGCCUGCCUUUUUUGUCCAGAGAGUUUGUAACAUCCAGUGAAGAUGAAGUCGUGAAUAGUGACUAUGAGAUUGUUAAAAGUGACACAUUAAGUUCACCAGAAGACAAAUUAAAACAGGAAAAUUCAGAUUCCUCCAGUGAAACUUCUGUCAGGAUGCCAGUUCUUAAAAUUAAAAAAUUAAAGAGCAGUGAAGAGAGGAGUGACAGUAAUUCAGAAAAUGAAGAUGGAAAAGAGAGAAAAAAUACCAUGAAAAAAGUAAAGAAAGAAAAACAUCAGAAAUCAGACAGUGACAAAAAAAUUAGAAUGAAAAAAAAUAAAGUUGAGGUGAAAGUGAAGACAGAAUUAGAUCAGUUUGAUAAUAGUGUAGAUAAAUCGGAAUCAAAGGUAGACAACAUAAAGACAGACUCAUCGGAGAAACCUCCCAGUCCAAUCAAAUCGUACUUAUCAGGGGGAAGCACUCCUCCUAGGAAGUUAUCCUCUGGUGACUUGCCAAAUAAAACUCCACAGGCUACUAGCACUCCGGAUGGGAAAUCUGAGAAAGAAAGUCAGGACUUAAAUUCUGUUGGAGUCAAGCGAAAGCAUGGCGGAUCUGAGACUGAUUCAUUUUCACAGUGUAAGAUAUCUAAAGUUAGACGAGAUUCGGGUCAGACAUCUCGAGACAGUGGACUCGCGAGCUCUACCAGUAGUGUCAGUAGUGUGGAGUCUGAUCGUAAUAAGUCGACUCGGAGAAAGGACUCGGCUAAUUCUAUGGACUGUUCACAGCCUCUAGAUGACUUAUGGAGUGGAUCUCUUCUUCCUUUGUUGCCAGAAAGCACAAAAACACAGGAACGAGGGGCAGAUCUAAGUUUUGACAUUGAGUUAGACGACAUUGAUUUAGAUCAACUAGAUAAAGAAACCGACAGUGAAGUUGAUGCUAUAGUCAUAACCGAUGGGAAAUUCCAACAAGCAGUAACAGAGGGGGACUACCAGGCUGUGCGGAGUGCCCUCAACAGCAGCAAGAAAUACGAUGUGGAGGCUAGGGAUGACCUUGGAAUCACGCUGCUUAUGUAUGCGGCUCAAAGUGGUUUUGAUGAUAUAGCAGAGUUAUUGGUCAGUAACGGAGCUGAUAUCAACGCUCAACAGAAAAACGGCACAACUUCUCUCAUGUUGGCCUGUGAACAUGCCCAUAUAUGUACAGUUGCUUUACUAGUAGAACUGGGUGCUAAAAUAAAUGUUCAACAAGACACCGGUGAAACUGCUCUGAUGAAGGCUGUAAAGCGAGGUCAUAAGCAGAUCGUGAAGUUCCUAUUGGAGUAUGGAGCCAAUUUCUCAGCUCAGAAUAAUUCAGGAUUUUCGGCACUCACUUACGCCAAAAUGCUGCGACUCACGGAAAUUGAAGACAUUAUCACAGAAUCCAUUACAAGGCUGACUAAAGAGUUUGACAAACAGGUAGCCGUUACUCUGAACAACACGGCCAAGAUCUCCAGCAGUCUGUUCCCCUUACAGGUGUUCCCUCUCUGCGAGUCCAGCAAAUUCGUCAUCAACUUCAAGCAUGAGAUGCAACCAAACACCCCAGGUGUGGGGUAUCUAUUAUUUAUUGCGCACGCCCGAAUCACGGCCACAGAUUGUAAGUGUCGGUUUUACGGACCCUGUGCUGUCAACUCGGCGACACUGAACGGAGUUCCACAGCCUCCCCUGACAGAGGAAGCUAACUUUGUGCUGUCAUGCUGUCCUCUACAGAAUGGCAGAAAUGAGAUUGUCAUCAACACUGUGAAGGCUUCAACAUCUAAGGCCAAGUUAGUGAUAUGUGCUUACAAAGCACAGCUGAUAGAUGGAUAAAAACCUGCUCCUAAAAAAUCCCAGUGAUCUCAAGUUUGCCAAAGUCACAACUGGUACUCUAAACUGGUACUCCAUUCUUAGAUCUCAGCCACCACACCACUAUGGUAGCCAUAGCUACAGUCAUCUCCAUGGAUAUGAUGUUGCCAUAGAAAUCAGUACAGUUACAUCAUUAGUGUCAUCCCUCAUUUCUGACUGCUAAGGCGUUAUGCAUACAAUAUAUAUAUAUGGUAACUAGAUGAUAAUGCAAGGUUUAUAAAACUUUAUAAAAUAUUUUGUACAUUUUGAGAACUUAAGUAUGGAUGUGUUGUAUUAGUUAACCAUCAUAAAGAUAUAUAUUUGUUGAUGUGGGAACUGAGCAGAGUAAUUCUAGCCAUUGUCUGAGGUACCUCCCUCCGUUGGUAGGUGUUAUACAGUUCUGAGUUUAUUAUGUUAAUACAUUGUUUCUGCCUGUUCAGUAGCUCAAUAAUGGAUCUAUUAUUUAUGUUGAUAAAUCUGCAGAAAGAUGCAUGUUGAUAAACCUGCAGAGAGAUGCAUGUUGAUGUUGAAGUCUGUAAAUUAGUGCUAGAUUAUAGGUUACUCAAGAUAUUGGGUUAGGGGAGGUAACUCUCUAGAUUGACAGGGGAUGUAUAAGGACUUGUUUUACAUGGUUGUGAUUGGAAGUGUGCAGUUUGGAUUCAGGUAAUUGUCGUUAGUAAAUGAGGGUUGCUUGCUUAGUGGAUGUUUGUGUGGUAGUUGUGUGACUGUGUAAAUAAGAAGUAUGUAGCUGCUCUUAAGGAGUUUCUCUGUUUCAAGUAUUUAUCGUAGAUUGGGCAGCUUUAUUUUAAGAUUGUUUUGUCAAAUGGUCAGAAUUGGGUGAUUCUUGAGAGGGAAAUUCUGACAUAUGUUUCAUGAAAUAUUAAGCAACUUCCUUUUCUAAGUAAUUUGAAAUAUUUUCUUGUGGACUUGAUCCUUUGUAAGAUCUUUAGAAAUGGAUUCCAAAUUUUGAAUGUUACAAUUAUACACAGAUAGUGGAGGAAUUGUUUAAGAUAAUCAGCAGGUUUUGCUGGUGACCAAAUUCUAUAAUGUUACACUGUUUGUAGUUGAUUUGUUGUUUUAACUGAUAGUUAUAUUUAUGCAGUGUGAUACUGGAUUUUAUUGGUGCUUUUUUGUGUUAGUUUGGUUCCCUUCCCUUUUGUUGCUGGUAGAACUAGUUAUUGUGUACACUGAAUGUAGCAGCAAGAACUCUGUUGACAAGAACAUAUGAGAAUGCUUGUCUGCUUUAAAUUUUGAGUUGUCUCUGCAUGAUUAGUUGACCGAGUGAGAGCAUAAUGAGAUACCUCAGCAAUUUAAUCAUCUAGUCAUAUGAAGUCUAUGAAGAUAUUAAAUAUGUGAAAAUGUAUACUCCAGUGGAAUUUAUAUACAUGUACUUACGUCCAUGUCUGGUAUUACAUAAAUGUCUGGUAUCUCGAUAUUACUGUGAAUCUAGUGAGAUCAAUUCAUUAAGAUGAAUAAUUCUGAUUUCUUAUUUGAAAAAGAUGUCAUUGUGUUAAAAGGAAAUACAUUGUACAAUGCAAAAUUUAUGUGGUUAUAAAUUACAGGGCAUACACUAACAACAUAUCCAACACAGUUUUUUAAUGUUUUACUCAGAGGCCACAAGAUAAUAUGUACCUGUACAAAGAAGUAGUGUAUGAUAUAUAUACAUGUAUGUGUUAAUAAUAGCAGCGUUUAUAACUGUGAAUAUUAUGCCUCAAGGGAUUGUAUAUAGGGCAUGUAAAUCUCCCUUUAACAGUGUCAUUCUGUUGUGUAAAAAUUAGUAAAAUUGUUGUUUAAAUCCCAUUAUUGUUCAUAAAAUGGUUUUUAAAUAAAAAUGGUAUUUGUGUAUCCCCCCUUCAACAUUUAGAACAUAAUACAAACAGAAGUUUCAUUUCACAAAACCAGUCACAAUCUGUGAGACCAUUGUCAGUCUAUUACUAUUCUUACACUGGGAUCGUAAUCCUGUUAUUACAUAUUACUGUUACAUUUUAUUACAUGUUUAUCCCUAUGUGUUUCAGUAUUGUCGCUCAAUAUGUUACAAUGGCAUUGCAUUGAUAUAGAAGCGCACAUUUAUUACACAGUGGUAAGGAAAAAAAACAAUGUUCAUCAAUUAAAGCCUAUUUUGAUUGUAUGCAAUAUUUAGAUAACUAUUUAUAUAAAUAAUUUUUAUACAUGUAUAUUAAACAUUAUAUCACAGUAGAGCCAGUAAUACAUUUUGUAAAAAUGCAUUAUUUGUCAGAAUUUUUACUCAGACUUUGAGAAUAUGGGAAAGAGUGGAAAAUAUUAUAUUUCAUAAAAAUCAUUACUUUUUAUGUGCUGGAAAAUGUUCUGCCUUUAUUUUCGUCUAUUUUCCAGGCCAUCACCCAGGGAAUUCAACGCCAAAUUUAUCUACAUAACAUGCAAUACUGUAAAAGUAAAUUUUAAAAUAGGUAUUAAAAGGUGUAUUUGUAUUUAGGAUUGGAUGGAAAAUGAAUGUUUGGUAUAAAUUUCCAAGAAUAUAAAAGAGUUUACAUUUGUAGUAUCAUUAAUGCUGAUUACAAAGUGUCUGUAGGAAAUGUUUUUACCUGUCACACCUGUACAGGUGUGGACCAGACCAGGAAAGGUUGUCAGUCUCAGCUUCCUAUGUUGUAUAUUUGCUUUGUCUGUGUGUCUGUGUGUGAUCUCUUUGUUCUGUCUACUGAAUUCUAUUUACUUAUACAUGUAACAGUAGACAUUUAUUCUUUAUUUCUCUAUUUGUAACUGCCAGGAUUCUUGGCUUUAUCAAGUUUUAUUUAAUAACAAGAUUCUGUUAUUAGGGAUAACCCUUCAAUAAAUAUGGACUAUUACAGAGGUGGACAGAAUCUUUGUUUUUGGUACAUAUAUAAAAUUAAUCUUUUGUUAUUUUCUCAAUGAAAAAUAAAAAUUUAACUUGGUUAUAAAA